UGAGCAUAGACUUUAUUGCAUGAUGAUCAGCAAGAGCUCUUUAGCACGAUGAUGUCCAUCACGUCUUUUGAACCUCGAUGAGGGCUCCUGUAUAUUGUAUUCAAUAUACCAGAGCUAUCCAAGAUGUCAAUUCCAAGGUCCUCACUCGAGUCGAUCCCUACCUCCUUCGCAACGGUGUCGGUAGGCACCCCAGAGGAUCCACUAGAGGACAAACUCAAAGCAAUAUCGGCAGCGGGAUUCCAAGCCAUUGAACUUGGGUUUCCAGACCUAUUAUCUUUUACUUCGAAGUAUCACACGAAGGAUGUGGAAGAAAAUGACUACACCUCUCUUUGCUCAGCAGGGACGGUAGUCAAAGACCUCUGCAAGAAGCACAACCUGAGCAUCAUGAUGCUUCAACCUUUUUCAAACUUCGAGGGUUGGGCAUUGGGAUCAAAGGAGAGAGACGAUGCAUUCUCAAGAGCAAAAGGCUGGAUUAGGAUCAUGCAAGCAGUGGGCACAGAUAUGCUUCAAGUAGGAUCUUCCGACUCUCCCAACAUUUCUACAUCGCACGAUGUCCUCGCCUCUGACCUCCGCGAACUCGCUGAUCUCCUCGCUCCUCACUCCUUCCGCCUCGCCUACGAGAAUUGGUGUUGGGCAACCGUAGCUCCGACAUGGUUCAAUAUCUGGACCAUCGUCCAAAAAGUCAACCGCCCUAAUAUCGGUCUCUGUCUCGAUACUUUUCAAACUUGUGCCGGCGAAUAUGGCGACCCUUGUUCAGCUUCCGGACUCAUCGAGAAUAAAGGUCUGCAGCAAAAGCUGGAAAUGAAUUUCAAGCAUUCUCUCAUCGAGCUCGCGAAGACUGUUCCUCCGGAGAAGGUCUGCUUGUUACAAAUCAGCGAUGUCUAUAAAGCUCCCGUGCCGUUCAAAGAUGAGACUGUGGAUGGGUUGCGGCCGAGAGGGAGAUGGAGCCAUGAUUUCAGACCAUAUCUAUUUAAUGGAGGUUACUUGACGCCACAAUGUGUGGAAUUUGCGAAGGCGGUAUUGCAGACAGGGGCGAGGUGUUGGUUUAGCACUGAGGUCUUUGAUGGAGGUCCAGAUGGGAAGGGUGGUAUGAAACAGUAUGAAAUGGGAGCCUUUUGCAAAGGUGCAAUGGAAAGCCAUAAGAAGCUGUUGGAUGCUUGUGCCGACUCGUAGAGGGUAUAUCCUCGGCAAUAUAUGGACCAAGCUUUUCGUGCCAAGCAUAUGUGUAACAUUAUCACCUAAAGCAGUAUAAAGCAAAUAUUGACUCGCAAAAUGCGAGCUGACGUUCUUCGAUUCAAUGAGUACUAUAUGAAGUCCCCCAGAUCCUUCCACCGCCCCCGAAUUUUUGCAAUCAUCCUGUAGAUCCAACCGAAGCGUGAAAGCUCCUUCCCAAGCUCCAAAAACCCCAACGUCUUGUUACACACAUGAGCAGGAUUCGGUAUUCAAGACGACAAGUGCGAAUACAA